UCAUGUCAAUAAAAAUGGGCUCCGAGACACAGACAAUUGUAUGGUUUUCUACUUUGAUAUUAUUUAUAAUAGGAUGUGGUGUCCCUGUCCACUGUGUGAGGUAUAGGUACUAUUAUUCCUACAGGUCCUCAUAUUACCGAUAUAGUAGUUCCUCCAAUUCCAGCAGCGGUGGCAGCUCUGUGAUAGGUGGGAUUGUUGUUGGGGCUUCGUUGGGAUUUUUCAUUCUUCUACUCAUAGGGGUCUUUGUAUACAUUAGAAUCUGCAAGCGGAAGAACCACCACCGAGUGAUUGUCAUGCCAGAUCAACCAGGAGUGUCUUACAUAGAUCCGAGGCCCCCAAAUUUCACGAAUGGCAUAAACGGUUCCAGGAGUUCCCAGGCUGGCUAUCCACCUUCUUACAACCAAGCCACCCGGCAGCCGAACGUCAUCGGGCGACCGAGAGAGCAUUUUUCAAAGAGCUUCUCAGCAAAGCUUCAAAGCAUGCGGGCGCUGCAAGGUAAACGCUGAAGAAAAAAGAGGUCCAAUGGUGUGCAAUGAUAUUCCUCAAUAUUCUAGGAACUUGGAAAGGUGAACCGAAGAUCUUACAUUAUAACUUCAUGACAUUUUGAUUGUAUGACAAUUUAUAAAUCCGUAACAAUGAUUUUAAAAUUGUUAGCAUUGGAUAUGGAUUUAAGCAAGAGGAAACCAGCGCGAAUAUAACUUGGUGGACAUUUGUACUUGAAGAAUCCCUUGCGAUCAGUAACUGUCCCCUAACGGACACAAGGUUGCAUGUAGUUUUACCAGCGUGAAGUGUACAGAAAUUCCCAAGCUGACCAACAGGAUCACCCUCAGCUUCGUCAACAGUAACUUAGCACGUGCAUGUACGUGUAGAACUUUGUGCGCAGUGAAUGAGAUGUAUGGUGGAACCUUUUGAAAAUGAACUUUCUUGGUUUGUGGUUAAAUGCUUUCAGUUGGAAUAUGAAAAAUGAGAGUAUUAAGUCAUUACUUACCAACAUAAACAGUAUUGUGGCAUUCUCUUUUUUUAACCAGCAUUUAUGCAGUAUAUAAUUUGAGCAAAGGGUUUAAAAAUGUAUUAUGCAAAUUAAAAAAAAUGGUAUAUAAAUUUAUAACCUGA